AUGGCGUUCCCGGACCGGGCGCGCAGCCCGGAGCGCGUUCACGGGGGGGCGCGCGGCGGGGGCCACGCCAACCGGACCUUCGUGUUCGACGACGGCCGAUGCGGCGCCAGGCUGCCCGGCGCCGGGGACGGCGCGCCCCUGGACACCGCCGGCCGCACGAUGAGCGCCCUGGACUCGGAGGUGAUGCCCUUGCCGCCGCGGUACCGCUUCCGGGACCUGCUGCUGGGCGACCCGUCCUUCCAGAACGACGACAGGGUGCAGGUGGAGUUCUACGUCAACGAGAACACCUUCAAGGAGAGGCUAAAGCUGUUCUUCAUCAAAAACCAAAGAUCCAGCCUGAGGAUCCGGCUGUUCAACUUCUCCCUGAAGCUGCUGACCUGCCUGCUGUACAUGGUCCGCGUCCUGCUGGACGACCCGGCCCUGGGGAUCGGAUGCUGGGGCUGCCCGAAGCAGAAUUACACCUUCAAUGAGUCAUCCUCCGAGAUCAAUUGGGCCCCCAUCCUGUGGGUGGAGAGGAAGAUGGCUCUGUGGGCCAUUCAGGUCACCGUGGCCAUAAUCAGCUUCCUGGAGACCAUGCUCCUCAUUUACCUCAGCUACAAAGGCAACAUCUGGGAGCAGAUCUUCCGCGUGUGCUUCGUCCUGGAGAUGAUCAGCACGCUGCCUUUCAUCAUCACGAUAUUCUGGCCGCCGCUGCGGAACCUGUUCAUCCCUGUGUUUCUGAACUGCUGGCUGGCCAAGCACGCCCUGGAGAACAUGAUCAACGACUUCCACCGCGCCAUCCUGCGCACGCAGUCGGCCAUGUUCAACCAGGUCCUCCUCCUCUUCUGCACCCUGCUGUGCCUGGUCUUCACGGGGACCUGCGGCAUCCAGCACCUGGAGCGCGCGGGCGACAACCUGUCCCUCCUGACGUCCUUCUACUUCUGCAUUGUCACCUUCUCCACCGUGGGCUACGGAGACGUGACACCGAAGAUCUGGCCGUCGCAGCUGCUGGUGGUCAUCAUGAUCUGCGUGGCCCUCGUGGUCCUCCCGCUGCAGUUUGAGGAGCUCGUCUACCUGUGGAUGGAGCGGCAGAAGUCGGGGGGCAACUACAGCCGCCACCGGGCCCAGACGGAGAAGCACGUGAUCCUCUGCGUCAGCUCCCUCAAGAUCGACCUGCUCAUGGACUUUCUGAAUGAGUUCUGCCACCCGCGGCUGCAGGACUAUUACGUGGUCAUCCUGUGCCCCACCGAGAUGGACAUCCAGGUUCGCAGGGUCCUGCAGAUCCCCCUGUGGUCCCAGCGGGUCAUCUACCUCCAGGGCUCCGCGCUCAAGGACCAGGACCUCAUGCGGGCCAAGAUGGACAAUGGGGAGGCCUGCUUCAUCCUCAGCAGCCGAAAUGAGGUGGACCGCACCGCGGCGGACCACCAGACCAUCCUGCGCGCCUGGGCCGUGAAGGACUUUGCCCCCAACUGUCCCCUCUACGUCCAGAUUCUCAAACCUGAGAACAAGUUUCACGUCAAGUUUGCAGAGCACGUGGUGUGUGAGGAGGAGUGCAAGUACGCCAUGCUGGCCCUGAACUGCAUCUGUCCGGCCACCUCCACCCUCAUCACCCUGCUGGUGCACACGUCCCGCGGCCAGGAAGGCCAGGACUCGCCGGAGCAGUGGCAGCGCAUGUACGGACGCUGCUCGGGCAACGAGGUCUACCACGUGCGCAUGGGGGACAGCAAGUUCUUCCGCGAGUACGAGGGCAAGAGCUUCACCUACGCCGCCUUCCACGCGCACAAGAAGUACGGCGUGUGCCUCAUCGGCCUGAAGCGGGAGGAGAACAAGAGUAUCCUGCUGAACCCGGGGCCGCGGCACAUCCUGGCCGCCUCCGACACCUGCUUCUACAUCAACAUCACCAAGGAGGAGAACUCGGCCUUCAUCUUCAAGCGGGAGGAAAAGCAGAAGAAGAAGGGCUUCGCGGGGCAGGGGCUGUACGAGGGGGCGCCCCGCCUGCCGGUGCACAGCGUCAUCGCCUCCAUGGGGACAGUGGCCAUGGACCUCCAGAACACAGAGUGUCGGCCGGCACAGAGCGGCGGGGGCGGCGGGGCCAGCAAGCUGGCGCUCCCCACGGAGAAUGGCUCGGGCAGCCGGCGGCCCAGCAUCGCGCCCGUGCUGGAGGUGGCUGACAGUUCCACCCUGCUGCCCUGCGACCUGCUGAGUGACCAGUCAGAGGACGAGAUGACGCCGUCGGACGAUGAGGGGCCGUCCGUGGUGGAGUACGUGAAGGGCUACCCCCCCAACUCGCCCUACAUCGGCAGCUCCCCCACUCUGUGCCACCUCCUGCCCGUGAAAGCCCCCUUCUGCUGCCUGCGGCUGGACAAGGGCUGCAAGCACAACAGUUACGAGGACGCCAAGGCCUACGGCUUCAAGAACAAGCUGAUCAUCGUGUCGGCGGAGACGGCGGGCAACGGGCUGUACAACUUCCUCGUGCCGCUCCGGGCCUACUACCGGCCCCGCAGGGAGCUCAACCCUGUCGUGCUGCUGCUGGAUAACAAGCCCGACCACCACUUCCUGGAGGCCAUCUGUUGCUUUCCCAUGGUCUACUACAUGGAGGGCUCCGUGGACAACCUGGACAGCCUGCUGCGCUGCGGCAUCGUCUACGCCGACAACCUGGUGGUGGUGGACAAGGAGAGCACCAUGAGCGCCGAGGAGGACUACAUGGCGGACGCCAAGACCAUCGUCAACGUGCAGACCAUGUUCCGGCUCUUCCCCAGCCUCAGCAUCACCACGGAGCUCACCCACCCGUCCAACAUGCGAUUCAUGCAGUUUCGCGCCAAGGACAGCUACUCUCUGGCUCUUUCCAAACUGGAAAAGAGGGAGCGGGAGAACGGCUCCAACCUGGCCUUCAUGUUCCGCCUGCCCUUCGCCGCCGGCCGCGUCUUCAGCAUCAGCAUGCUGGACACGCUGCUCUAUCAGUCCUUCGUGAAGGACUACAUGAUCCCCAUCACCAGGCUGCUGCUGGGCCUGGACACCACGCCCGGCUCCGGCUACCUCUGCGCCAUGAAGGUCACGGAGGACGACCUGUGGAUCCGCACGUACGGCCGCCUGUUCCAGAAGCUGUGCUCCUCCAGCGCCGAGAUCCCCAUCGGGAUCUACAGGACCGAGUGCCACGUCUUCUCCUCCUCGGAGCCGCACGACCUCAGGGCUCAGUCCCAGGUCUCGGUGAGCGUGGAGGACGGCGAGGACACACGGGAGGCCAGGGGGCCCUGGGGCGCGCGGGCAGGCGCGGGCAGCGGCGGCACCCUCGGCCGGCACACGGUGGGUGGCGACCCGGCCGAGCACCCGCUCCUGCGGCGCCAGAGCCUGCCGUGGGCGCGGAGGCUGAGCCGCAAGGGCGCCCGGCACCCGGGAAAGGCGGCCGAGUGGGUGAGCCAGCAGCGGCCCGGCCUGUGCCAGCGCUCCGAGCGCCAGGAGCUCUCCGAGCUGGUCAAGAACCGCAUGAAGCACCUGGGGCUGCCCACCACCAGCUACGAUGAGAUGAAUGACCACCAGAACACCCUCUCCUACGUGCUCAUCAACCCGCCGCCCGACACGCGACUGGAGCCCAACGACAUCGUGUAUCUCAUCCGUUCCGACCCCCUGGCCCAUGUGGCCAGCAGCUCCCAGAGCCGAAAGAACAGCUGCAGCCACAAGCUGGCCUCCUGCAACCCCGAGACACGGGAUGAGACGCAGCUCUGA